GAGUCACUAGUGGAGAACCCCAACAAGAAUCCGUCAUCGUCGCGCGUUCGACCUCCGUCCUCCUUCUUAUUGUCCUAUCCUCUGCCGUGCUCAGAGAAAGGCAAAAAGAACACGCUUUCGAUCAAUGAGCGAAUUGCAAAUCCCGCUGCAGCUCUCCACCCCGCUCGCCCACGGCUAUCUCGAGGCAUCGAGCAAGCGCCAACAGCCGUUAUGCGGUAAUAGUGAGGGUUGGGGUCCGCUGAGCCCUAUUCGUUUCGACUUCACGCCUUGCUUCCUGGACGUAUGGAUUGCUGUGGUGGCCGUGUUUGGAAUCUUCGGAGGCGCGGCCGCUACAUGGUACCUGUACAGACAGGGUCAUCCGCAACCCGUUAAGAAGAAUUGGCAUUUCUACGCGAAACUGACCACCAUUGUCGCCCUUAUCGCCACAUCCGCCGUGCAAGCCGCGUUGCAAAUCGAAUACUUUAAAGGCAUCUGGGCCGGAGACUUCCGUUUCUGGACCACCGUUCUCACGAUCCUCUCCCUAUGUGUUGUAUUCUUCGUCCAGUACACCGAGCACUGGAGGUCGCGGAAUCCCAACGGGGUCGUCCUAUUCUACUGGCUGUUCUUCCUCAUUGCGCACGCCGUCAAACUCCGAUCCCUCAUCGCCCAGCAUAUGCCGCGAGAACAUGUCGCAUACUUCAGUGUAUUCUGUGUCAGCGUUGGAUUGGCCGCCCUUGAGCUUGUUCUGGAAUGGCUUGUUCCUAAACGUCUGAGCGACUACGAUGCGCUGGGAGACGAUGAUGAAUGCCCGUGGGAAUACGCCAAUGUCUUCUCCGUUCUAACCUUUGGCUGGAUGACACCAUUGAUGAAGCAAGGCUACAAGUCUUUCCUGACGCAGGACGAUCUCUGGAAUCUACGUAGGCGAGACACUACCAAAGCUACAGCGAUGUCUUUUACCAAAGCAUGGGACAACGAACUGGAGAAGAAGCACCCUUCGCUGUGGUUGGCAAUGUUCCAAGCGUUCGGCGGCCCCUAUUUCAGAGGAGCUGUCAUCAAGACUUGCAGUGACGUUCUCAACUUCGCCCAGCCACAGCUAUUGAGGCUCCUGAUAUCUUUCGUCGAAUCCUACAAGCACCCCAAUCCCCAGCCUGUCGCGCGAGGUGCGGCGAUUGCGCUGGCCAUGUUCGCCGUAUCGGUAUCUCAAACAGCCUUUCUGCAUCAGUACUUCCAGCGAUCUUUCGAAACUGGCAUGCGCAUCAAGUCUGCCCUGACUGCUUCUAUCUAUUCCAAGAGCACCAGACUUUCUAACGAGGGACGAGCCGCCAAAUCUACCGGUGAUAUUGUCAAUUACAUGGCAGUCGAUACACAACGCCUCCAGGACCUGGCACAAUAUGGGCAGCAGCUAUGGUCCGCUCCUUUCCAAAUUGUUCUUUGCAUGCUCUCUCUCUACCAAUUACUUGGGUGGAGUAUGUUUGCCGGAGUCGGCGCGAUGAUCAUCAUGAUUCCUAUCAAUGGUUGGAUCGCCCGACUGAUGAAAUCCCUCCAAAAGGAGCAGAUGAAGAACAAGGACGCACGGACCAGGCUCAUGACCGAGAUCUUGAAUAACAUGAAAUCAAUCAAGCUGUAUGCUUGGACGACUGCAUUCAUUAACCGACUGAACUACAUUCGAAACGACCAGGAGUUAAAAACAUUGCGGAAGAUCGGCGCAACACAGGCAUUCUCCAACUUUACAUGGUCGACUACACCUUUCUUAGUAUCAUGCUCCACCUUUGGCCUGUUCGUUUUGACUCAAAAGCGACCGCUGACGACCGAAAUCGUCUUCCCUGCACUUACGCUAUUCAAUCUCCUAACCUUUCCCUUGGCCAUCCUUCCAAUGGUUAUUACCGCAAUUGUAGAGGCCAGUGUGGCUGUUGGCCGUAUCACGAGCUACUUGCUCGCCGAGGAGCUUCAAGUGGACGCCGUUGUACGUGAGAAGGGGGUUGAGGAGAUGGGUGACGAAACUAUCCGUAUUCGGGACGCUACGUUCACGUGGAACAAGAACGAGGAACGUAAAGCCUUACAGAAUAUCAACUUUACCGCACACAAGGGUGAACUCUCUUGCAUCGUGGGCCGCGUUGGAUCCGGCAAAUCGUCUCUGUUACAGGCAAUCUUGGGCGACUUGUGGAAGAUCAAUGGUGAGGUAGUUCUGCGAGGCGACACUGCCUAUGUUCCACAAUCUGCAUGGGUGAUGAAUGCUUCGGUCCGAGAGAAUAUCGUGUUUGGCCAUCGUUGGGAUCCUCAAUUCUACGAAAGGACUGUCAAGGCCUGCGCACUUCGCGAUGAUUUUGCUCAGCUUCCUGACGGCGACCAGACUGAGGUUGGAGAGCGUGGAAUCUCGCUCUCCGGCGGUCAGAAGGCGCGACUCACCCUGGCACGAGCAGUGUACGCACGGGCUGAUGUAUACCUACUUGAUGACUGUCUUUCGGCUGUAGAUCAGCAUGUAGGAAGGCAUCUCAUUGAUAAUGUCCUUGGGCCAAAGGGUCUGCUAGCAGGCAAAACAAGAGUGUUGGCUACUAACUCAAUUCCCGUCCUGAUGGAAGCCGACAUGAUCACAUUAGUGCGCGAAGGAUUGGUUGUCGAGAAAGGCACCUAUGGCCAGCUCAUGGCCAUGAAGGGAGAAAUCGCUAACUUGAUCAAGACAUCUCUGAACGAGGAUCAAGGUGAGGCUGCUUCCGAGAGUGUGGCGAGCGAUGAGGACACUACUAUCUAUGGCACCAGCCCAGCAUCUGAUGACGAUCAAGAUCAAGAUGAGGCUGAGGCUGCCCAAGAGAAUGUUGCUCAACUUGCGCCAUUGCGGACCGGGAACGGGACGGCGCGCAAGAGCAGCUUCAACACAUUGCGUCGCGCGAGCACUGCAAGCUUCAGAGGCCCUCGAGGCAAAGCUACUGACGAAGAAGGCGGACUCAAGAGCAAGCAGACCAAAGAAUUCUCCGAACAAGGCAAAGUCAAGUGGUCAGUGUACGGAGAGUAUGCCAGGACGAGUAAUUUGGUCGCAGUCGGCAUCUACCUAGCCCUCCUGAUCGGAGCCCAAACAGCCUCGAUGGGUGGUAGCGUAUGGCUCAAACAGUGGGCGGAAACCAAUCAACGGUCCGGCGGCAACCCGCAUGUCGGCAAGUACAUCGGCGUGUACUUCGCUUUCGGCGUAGGCUCAGCUGCGCUUGUUGUCGUGCAGACGCUCAUCCUUUGGAUCUUCUGUUCGAUCGAGGCAAGUAGAAAAUUGCAUGAGCGAAUGGCUUUCGCUAUUUUCAGGUCUCCAAUGAGCUUUUUCGAGACCACGCCUGCUGGUCGCAUCCUCAAUCGUUUUUCUAGUGAUAUAUACCGCGUAGAUGAAGUCUUGGCCCGAACAUUCAACAUGUUGUUUGUCAAUACUGCAAGAGCAACAUUCACCUUGGUUGUCAUUUCGGCUGGCACACCUAUCUUCGUUGCUCUCAUCCUUCCACUUGGAGGGCUUUACUUCUACAUCCAACGUUACUAUCUCCGCACAUCACGUGAACUUAAGCGCCUCGACAGCAUCAGCCGAAGUCCCAUCUAUGCUCACUUCCAAGAGUCUCUUAGUGGUAUGAGCACGAUCCGUGCCUAUAGCCAGCAAAAACGAUUUGAGCUUGAAAAUGAAUGGAGAAUUGAUGCAAAUCUUCGAGCAUACUUCCCAUCCAUCAAUGCCAAUAGAUGGCUUGCAGUCCGCUUGGAGUUCAUCGGCUCAAUCAUCAUUCUUGCCUCUGCCGGCUUCGCAAUUGUUUCGGUCAGCAGCCACAGUGGCUUGUCGGCAGGUAUGGUGGGUCUGGCCAUGUCGUACGCUCUCCAGAUCACGCAAAGUCUCAAUUGGAUUGUACGACAGACAGUCGAAGUGGAGACGAACAUUGUCUCGGUUGAACGAGUCCUCGAGUAUGCUGCACUUCCCAGCGAAGCUCCUGAGAUUAUUUCCAAGAACAGACCCCCAAUCAGUUGGCCAUCGCAAGGAAGUGUCUCGUUCAAUAACUACAGCACCCGAUAUCGCCCUGGCCUUGACCUUGUCUUGAAGAACAUCAAUCUGAACAUCAAAGCGCAUGAGAAGAUUGGUGUUGUCGGUCGUACCGGUGCCGGGAAAUCUUCGCUGACGCUCGCACUUUUCCGAAUCAUCGAGGCAGCUGAAGGCUCUGUGCGCAUUGAUGACUUGAACACAAGCUCAAUCGGCCUGCUAGACCUGAGGAGACGCUUGGCCAUCAUUCCGCAGGAUGCGGCACUGUUUGAAGGUACCGUGCGCGAUAACCUCGACCCAGGCCACGUUCACGAUGACACCGAUCUUUGGAGCGCCUUAGACCAUGCUCGCCUCAAGGAGCACGUUGCAUCAAUGCCCGGGAAACUCGACGCUCAUAUCAACGAAGGAGGUUCCAAUCUUAGUUCUGGCCAACGGCAACUCGUGUCAUUGGCGCGCGCUCUGCUUGCACCGAGCAAUAUUCUGGUAUUGGACGAAGCAACGGCCGCCGUGGACGUUGAAACAGAUGCACUGCUUCAAGCCACAUUGAGAAGCAGCAUGUUCAAGGACAAGACAAUCAUAACGAUUGCACACCGAAUCAAUACGAUUCUGGAUUCGGACAGGAUCGUCGUACUGGACCGUGGAACAGUCGCAGAAUUUGACACGCCUGCUGAAUUGGUUCGCCAGAAGGGACUGUUCUACGAAUUGGUGAAGGAGGCCAAUCUACUUGGCUCGCUUGAUGUCGCACAACCGUAGAGAGAGUGGGGGGCAAAACGGCUGCGUGACACUUUCUGUACAUAACGGCGGGGUUACCAACCCGCCUUGCC